UGAAAAGAGAUUGUUUAAGUCUGGUGAAAGGCACCAUUUCAGUCUCAGACUAUUGGCGCUCGAACGACAGGAAUAAAUGCCUUUCAUCCCUUGGUUAUUAAUCUACUAUUAAAAUAACUACUCUGCUAUGGCAUAUACACGACGCAUAAUAUUAUUUGGAUUAUUCCAGCAAGAGUAUUGGAUUACCCACCCACAAGUAGAGACCGUACAAAGAGAAGUCCAGACUAUAAAUACGAAUGACAAACAAUACUUCGAGAAGGCCCCUGACGGCGUUCCGGUCGGCAUACAGAUCAAUAAUGUCUACAAGUCGUUCGGUGAAGAGAAGGUGUUGCACGGAGUGAACUUGGCCGUGUGUCGCGGUGAAAUCACCGUGCUGCUCGGUCACAACGGCGCCGGCAAGACCACCCUCAUCAACAUCAUCACCGGUCUCAUCCCAGCGUCGUCGGGCACCGUGCAGAUUGAGGGCAAAGACACCGUCAAGCAGUCUGUGGAAACCCGCAAGCUGAUCGGCCUCUGCCCGCAACAGAACAUAUUCUUCGACAGAUUAUGUGUGCUUGAACACGUUAUGUUCUUUGCUAUGCUUAAAGGACAAUCGUACUCACAAUCCCGCACAUCAAGCACCGAACUACUCGCAAGACUGCAGCUGUCUGAGAAGCUGCAAGAGAAACCUGCAGCAUUAUCCGGCGGAAUGAAGCGGCGCGUGCAGCUGGCCUGCGCUGUUGCUGGCGGAGCCAGGGUGCUAGUGAUGGAUGAGCCAACCAGCGGGCUGGACGUGGAGACGCGCCGAGAGCUGUGUGAUAUGCUCCUGAGUCUCCGCGGGGAGCACACGGUGUUGCUGACGACACACUUCAUGGAGGAGGCGGACGCGCUCGGCGACCGUAUCGCCGCGCUGCACCACGGCCGAGUGCGCUGCCACGCCACACCCAUGUUCCUCAAACGAGCCAUAGGUACUGGUCACCGUCUCACGUUCACGACAUUGGGCGCGCCGAAUGAAGCAGCAAUCACAAAGGUCAUCACCGCCGUCGUGCCGGACGCUACCAUCCGGGACCGUCGUCCGAACGGUCUGACCUACAAUCUGCCGGCGAUGGACACGGCGCGCUUCCCUCAGCUCUUUGCCACAUUGGAGAAAACGCGCUCCGAACUGCAAAUCGACACCAUUGGCAUCAGUAGAAGCACUCUUGACGAGGUGUUCUUGGAGCUGUGCAGCGACGAAAAACCAACGUAUGAGGAGAAAGAAACCCCAACUGGAGAACCGGCGCUUGAGAUGGUGACGGGUUGUAAGUUGCGUGCCCAACAGUUCAUAGCACUCUUGCAGAGGCAGUGCUACUUUGUCAAGCUUCGUAAUUUUGUCAUCGUGGUAAUCUUCAUUGGAGCACUGAUCUGCUUCUUAAGCCUCGCAUCCAACAACCCGCGCAGAAAGAUAACGAAGUCAGACACUAAAGCGUUGAAUCUGGAUCUGUACGCCGGGCGGCCGCAGCGCCGCGUACUCGUCAAGACGGAUGAGGGCACCCUGCAGGCUUUGAGGACGGCCUUCGAAGGAGUGCAGUUCGAAGAGUUUGCUUGCAAAAAACAGUAUAUUCUGAAAGCUUGUAUUGUAAGUGCAGAAAGAAAAGAGUCGUGGAAUAUAAGGAAGUCAGCCAAUACAUUCUUUGACUCUUCUUUUUCCUCACAGUCUCUACCAUUUUUUCUUUCUCGAAUUAAAAAAAAACUUGAGAUAAUAUUUGUUUCAGCCAUGUUACGGACCAGUCGGGAGAAUAUGCAAGAGUAUAAAAAUUAUGUAGUGGGGAUCGAACUUAACGAUACCAGUGCCAAGGCGCUCUACUCGCCAUCGUUGCCCCACGCGGCGCCCGUAGCGCUGAACGCGCUGAGCAACGCGCUAGCAGCACGCUUGACGAGAUUCGCUCCGCUACGAUCGAUGAGCGCAAGAACGAUCAACGUGCGCAACCAUCCUCUGCGCGGCGCCUACGUGCCCUACAACGAAGCUAAACUACUAUGGCCUAAACAGAAGGAAAUUAUACUCAUGUGGAGCAGUUUCAUGGCUAUGAUCUUAUGUUGUUUCCUGAGCUCAUUCGCCCGACUUCCGUCCAUAGAGCGCACGACAGGCACUCGGCACGCCUACAUAAUGGCGGGCACGCCGCGUUGGAUACACUGGACCGCCUUGUACGCGGGACAUGUCAACUUUACACUGAUCAUUGUGUUAUUUAUCAUCCUGUUCACUUUUGCACUGGACAAGGAUCACACGUUCCGACAGCCUGGGUUCUUAUUGGCCCUAUUCGUGGUGCUUAUGCUGAGUUUGCUGGCGAUGCUGGGGCUCGUGUACUUCGUCAGCACGCUGUUCAGCCUGACGACCACCACAACCUUGCUCUUCAUACUCGUCAUGAUCAGCACUAUGUUCACUUCUUCUGUGAAGGAGUCCCUAAAGAUUAUGUACAUUCCUUACGUCCUGCUUCCGCCGCACGCCCUCACGGAUGGGCUGAUUAAGACGGCGACCGUGGCACAAGUGAACAGCCACUGCAGCCUAAACAGAGUCAGGUGCCCCGAACUGGCUGGACCGGGCAUGUUUAAAGCGGAUAAAUGCUGUGGGUCAUCUCCGGGUUCGGAGCCAUGGAGCUAUUGGUCAGUUGGCGACGCGGCCGGCGGCCCGGUACUCGUCCUCGUCUUCCAAGCAGUCGCGUUCUUCAUGCUGACAUACUUUUCGGAUAAUGGCAUGCUGGGGCGACUGAUAUCCUCGGCACCUGCUCCACCGAAGCUACGCUUUAAGGAUGCCGCGGUUCGGGCUGAAGCCGUCUACGUUGAGAACACCAUUAAGCUGCCUAACAAUCAGAUACCAGACGCUGUCUUGGGCUACAAAGUCAAAAAGAGCUACUCACGGUGCUUUAAGGAGCCAUACCAUGCCGUCAAGGGUAUCAGCUUUUCGGUCAAGAAAGGAGAGUGCUUCGGCCUGCUUGGAGUGAACGGGGCCGGCAAAAGCACGACGUUCAAACUGCUGACGAGCGAGACAGCUCCUACGGGAGGCGAAAUCUUCGCCAACGGGUACCGUUCUACUGAGCGCAGCAAAUACAUGCCCACGUUAAGUUACUGCCCGCAAUACGGCGGGGUGGAUGGCUUCCUGACAGGUCGUCAGAACCUGACCCUGCUGCUGAAACUUCGUGGUCUGAAAGCUACCGAUGCGGCUGUCAUGGCCACUUCCUGGAUCAAAGAAGUCGACCUACUUCAGCACGCCGAUAAAUCCGUGUCAUCGUACAGCGGCGGCAUGGCGCGGCGCCUGGCGGCGGCGGCAGCGUUAUGCCAGGCUGCGGAAACCGCCGUUCUUGACGAGCCCACAGCCGGCGUGGACCCGGUCGCGCGCCGUCAAAUGCACCAGGCGCUCCUGCGCGUCAGGAGACAGAAAUCUAUCAUUAUCGCGUCACAUAGUCUGGACGAGAUGGAGGCACUGUGUCACCGCAUCGCCAUCAUGUCAGGCGGCGAACUGCGCGCGCUGGGCUCGGCCGCCGCGCUCAAAAUACAACACGCUCAAGGUUACACCAUCGUCUUCAAACUGGCCACCGAGAAGGUUAAUGAUGAUGUCCUGGAGGAGUUUAAGGAACGGUUGUAUGGCCGCUUCGACUGCGAGCUCAAAGACCAACACCGGAACACGCUGCGCUACCACGUGAAAACCUCGCUCAGCUACAGCAUGCUGUUCACCCAGUUGGAGGAGCAUCGAGCACAGUUCCCUGAAUUGCUGAAAGACUACACUGUUACGGACACCACGCUUGAGGAGGUGUUCCUCGCGCUGGCUAGAGAGGCCAAGCAAUCCCCGCCCACUGUCUAAAAUGUAUCAAGCAAGCAGAGGGCCUACCGCGUAUGGCGAAGUUCGCAAAUUCCUGGCAUCUUUCUCUAGUAUAAAAGAGAAAGAUGCCCGCAAUUUGUGAACUUGGAGUGUUCGCGGUAGGCCCUCUGCAGCUUGCGGGGAUUGUUUUGGUGAAUCACGGAAAUCGGGUCGCGCCAAAAAGCUUGUGAGAGCCUACCGCGAACCACGUUCGACGUGUUACCUCCCUGUCACACUUACGUACAAAUCUUCAAGUGCGGCAGAGAGGCAGCACGUCGAACGUGCUUCGCGGUAGUACCUAAGAUGGCCUACCGAGAAAUUUAGAUUUUGUGCGAUAGGCCUUCUGCGCUCUUACAAGUUUUAAAUUGAUUUUACGAUGACUAUGACGGUUGUUAUGCGUAAUAUUGAUAGGUAUUAUAUAACUAAUAUAUAUGUUAGAAAAUAAACGAAUCAAAAUACAUAGUUUUUGAAAUAAUACUUAAAUUA